AUGAGCGAGAAAAAGCUCGCCGAAGAGCCCACCCAGGUGGCUCAGGUGGAGCAUGCGAAUGAGAAACGGACACUCAGCGUGACCGAUGCCACGACCCCGCGUAUAGCUUCUGGUGUCAACAUCAUUGAGAACCCUUUGACUCGCGUUUCCAGAGAACAAGCCGCUCUCGAUGCCCGCAAUUUUGCCGAGACGCAUAAUAUGGCCGAACAUGCCGACCUGUUCGCGCGAGCUGCCCAAGUUGCUCGCGAGCCCAAGAAGUUCGAGGCACUCAACGAUUUACACGCUGACGAAAAGACCGCGCUUGUAUACGAAAGGGAUCACAAAUGGCACGGCCCCAAGAUGCUCUGGUACUCCAUCGGUCUGUGCGCCAUUGGUGCGGCCACUCAAGGAUGGGAUCAGACUGGAGCCAACGGAGCCAACCUGUCAUUCCCCGAGGAGUUUGGCCUCACGGGCAAAGGUCGCGAUGAGUGGAUUGUGGGAUUGAUCAAUUCUAUUAUUUUCUUGACGGCUGGUCUGAUCGGUGCAUUCAUUGUUGACCCAAUGAAUCACUACUUGGGUCGACGAGGAGAGAUCUUCGUCACUGCACUGUGUCUCGUUGCUACGCCGAUUGGUUCUGGAUUUGCGCGAAACUGGCACGAACUUUUCGUCUGUCGAUUUAUCAUGGGCAUCGGUAUUGGAGCAAAGAACGCUACGGUCCCUAUCUACUCGGCUGAAAUGGCACCCGCUCGAAUUCGCGGUGCCCUCGUUAUGUUUUGGCAGCUCUGGGUUGUGGCAGGAAUCUUCCUUGGUUUCUGCGCGAACAUCAUAGUCAAGGAUACCGGCGACAUUGCUUGGCGUCUUCAACUCGGCUCGGCCUUCAUUCCUUCAUUUGUUCUUGCCAUUGGCAUCUUCUUCUGCCCUGAAUCGCCCCGUUGGCUCAUGAAGCAUGGAAAGCACGACAAGGCAUUCCAAUCGAUGCUGGCCCUCAGGGCCCACCCAAUUAUCGGCGCGAGAGAUUUCUACUACUCAUACGUCAUUUACGAGGAAGAGCUCAAAGAAGCUCGGGGAGCUGGUUACUUUGCUCGCAUGUGGGACAUUUUCGCCGUGCCGAGAAUCAGACGCGCAAACUAUGGUGCCUCGACUGUCAUGAUUGCCCAGCAGAUGUGCGGUAUCAAUAUCAUCUCUUUCUUCAGUUCUUCCAUCUUCUCCAAUGCUGGAUACAAUGACACGCAAGCUUUGUAUGCAUCACUUGGUUAUGGCGCGGUCCAGGUCGUGUUCACCAUUCCAACCCUGUUCCUCAUUGAUACCAAGGGUCGACGAACUUUGACCUUGAUAACUUUCCCUCUGAUGUGUAUUUUCCUGUUGGCGGCCGGUCUGUCUAUCUUGAACAAAGCAGACUCGCCUUCUUUGCAUGUCGCUCCAGUUGUCAUAUUUGUUUACUUAUUCACGAUCUGCUAUUCUCUGGGAGAAGGACCAGUUGCUUUCCAAUACUCUGCCGAGGUAUUCCCCACCAUUCAGCGUGAGCAAGGAAUGGCCUGGGCCGUCUGUAUCAACAACACCUUUGCUGGUAUCCUGGGGCUUACUUGGUUCCGUAUGGAAACCGUCAUGACCCAAACCGGUGCUUUCGGUUUCUACGCCGGGUUAAACCUAAUCGCUUGGUUUAUGAUAUUCUGCUUCGUGAGAGAGACGAAGGAACUGACAUUGGAAGAAUUAGACCAGGUUUUCUCCGUCCCAACAAAAGAUUUCAUUCGUCACGAAUUGACCGUAUGGCUUCCUUGGUUCAUCAAGCGAUAUAUCUUCCGCAAGAAUAUCCCCAAACCACCUCCAAUCAUCGCCACGGCCGACUCGGACGAGGUCAAGAAUGUAACAGCAUAG